UCCUUUGGGUACAUGCAACUGGUUGAAUCAAUCUAAAAUAUUCUUCUUCUGUUGUCUUAUGAAUGGGCACAAAUGUUUCUCUUCAUACUUUCUUUUAUGGGGUACGUUAAUGACAAAGACGUGAAUACUAAACAUGAAACUAUAAAAUCUUCAGUUAAUUUCAUUCUGCUCCAUACAAUCAUAUUAAAAGCAUUUCAACUUAGAGGAAAGAAAUUGAACAGACAAAGUUGAACGUUAACCGACGAAUCAAAAUUUUAUGUAUAUAGUUAUAUGUUGGUGAGAAUGACACAAGUUUUACCACAGAAUAACAAAGAUAUGGUAUCAACAGCAGAGUACAUUUGGGGUGUUUAUCGUAAAAAGUUGUACGCUAGCUACAAACCUAAGGUAUUUUGUUCUUUCAUAGAUAAUGGAAAAGCGGACGUCGCCGCAUGUAAUAUUUUCUGCAUUGAUUCUUCUUGCGCUUUGCGGACAUCUACAGGCGAAAAAUAAUUCAGUUAAACAAUGUAGGCUAAAUACAAAAUGUUAUCCGGGCAUAGUUUUGCCAACUUGGGGAGAUCCAAACAUUGCUGUAUCCACUGGGAUACGUGUAGCUAGAGCGUCAGUUUAUUGUAUUGUGUUGAUGUAUUUCUUCCUUGGUGUCUCAAUCAUCGCAGAUCGCUUUAUGGCUGCCAUUGAAAUAAUUACCUCGCAAGAAAAGGAUAUUAAGAUAACAGACAAAAAAACUGGAAAUUUACGUGUUGUCACUGUGAAAAUAUGGAACGAGACUGUAUCGAAUUUGAGUUUGAUGGCAUUAGGCUCGUCUGCACCCGAGAUCUUACUCACAGUCAUUGAAGUUUGUGGCAAGAAUUUUGAAGCAGGGGAACUAGGUCCGUCGACCAUUGUUGGUUCUGCAGCAUUCAAUCUUUUUGUCAUCAUUGCGAUCUGCGUAUACGCAAUACCGUCUGAUGACCAUCGACAAAUUAAACAUUUGCAAGUGUUUGCUGUAACUGCGACCUGUUCGCUCUUUGCAUAUGUCUGGUUAUAUAUUAUUGUAGCCGUGAGCACACCUGACGUCGUAAAUGUAUGGGAGGCUUUGGUAACGUUGGCGUUUUUCCCUGCGUUGGUCAUCAUAGCUUGGAUUGCGGACCGUCGUUUCAAUUUCUACCGUUACCUUAGAAAGAAAGUACGUCGUCAGAAACGGCAAGGUGUUGUUGUAGUUCAAACGGGUGAUUACGACGUUGUCGCUAUAAAGACGAAAGAUGUUCUCGACAGUCAUACGGAUCGCGAUGGAAAGUCGAAUGAUAUCGAAAAUGGUGACGUAAGCACGGCAUUAGAUGAGCAAUCUGAACUUCUGAGUCAAGAUUUAAACGAAGAGAGACGCAUUAAAGCAAUUCAAGUUGUUCGUGAGAUCAAGGUGAAAAACCCUAACGCAGACAAGGAAACAAUCGAUCGAAUAUUACAACAAGAAAAUCUACGGGCACAACCAAAGAGUCGGGCGUUUUAUCGUAUUGAAGCUACACGUAAAAUGGUGGGUAGUGGCAGCGUUUUGAAAGGAAAACACGAGAAACUGGAACAGGCUAUGGCUCAUUCCCUAUCGGAUAUUGAGUUGAGUGGUUUAGAAGAGCAAGAACGACAGAGUUUGACACAUGUUUUUUUCGACCCGCCACAUUAUACAUGCAUGGAAAAUUGCAAUAAUUUGCUUCUGACAGUGAUUCGCGCUGGUGGUGAUAUUAAUAACACCGUGUAUGUUGAUUUUAAGACGGAGGAUGGUACGGCAAAAUCUGGUGAUGACUACGUUCACACAGAAGGCACGCUGUGCUUUAAACCCGGUGAAAUAAAUAAGACAAUAUCCGUGGUUAUUAUUGAUGAUGAUAUUUUUGAAGAAGACGAACAUUUUACUGUUCGUUUGAGUAACAUCCGUUUGGCUGGACCUGAUGGUAAGAUGGAUAAAUAUGAGGGACGGGCGGGAGUUCUUGGACCGAAUUUUACAGCAGAGAUAGUUAUUCUCGAUGAUGACUACCCGGGAGUUUUCACGUUUGAGGAAGAGAGCACAUCAGUUGCAGAAGCCGAUAAGGUUGUGGUACUUAAAGUUGUUCGUCAACAAGGUGCGCGGGGAAUUGUUAGGGUACCAUACCAUACAAUCGAGGGGACUGCAAAAGGUGGUGGGGAGGCAUUUGAAGACACUAUUGGUGAACUUGAGUUCAAGAAUGAAGAGUUAAGCAAGGAAAUCCAAAUUAACAUCGUCGAUGACGAAGAGUACGAGAAAAAGGAGACAUUUCAAGUUUGUCUCAGUCAACCAUAUGUUGUUACGGCUGAUGGCGAAGAACCUCCUCCUUCACCUGAAGGUAGUUCCGCUGAGGAAGAGAGGAUCAGGGAGUUAGGAAAGCCUAAACUGGGUGAUAUUAAUGUCAUAGAAGUCUCAAUCAUUGAAAGCAAAGAGUUCAAAAACACGGUUGACAGACUUUUAACAAAAGCCAAUCUUGCUUUAGUCGUUGGUACAUCGUCAUGGCGAGAACAGUUUACAGAUGCAUUUCUAGUUAGUGGUGGUGACGAUGACAAUGAAGCAAGUGAAAAUGGCGAACCAUCUCCUCCAACAUACGGCGAUUAUCUUAUGCAUUAUCUUACUCUGUUUUGGAAGGUCCUAUUUGCUACGGUACCACCCACAGAUAUUUGGGGUGGUUGGGCCUGUUUUGUUGUGUCAAUCGUUUGGAUUGGUGUUCUCACAAUGUUCAUUGGUGAUUUAGCGUCACAUUUCGGCUGUACAGUAGGUUUAUCUGAUAGUGUGGUCGCUAUUUCAUUCGUAGCCCUGGGAACUAGUGUUCCAGAUACGUUUGCGAGCAAAGUAGCCGCUAUCCAAGACGAAUAUGCAGACUCUUCAAUUGGUAAUGUAACUGGAAGUAAUUCUGUCAAUGUCUUCCUCGGAGUUGGACUUGCGUGGUCUAUGGCAGCAAUUGUACACGCAGUUCGUGGAACGGAUUUUAUCGUGCAAGCUGGAUCACUUGGUUUCUCUGUUGUAAUAUUUUGUAUCUUUGCUCUGAGUGCUAUCUUUGUAUUAAUGUUACGUCGUCAUCCUUCGGUCGGUGGUGUUCUUGGUGGACCAAUGAAAUACAAGCUACCGACGUCAUUAUUUCUUGUAUUUCUCUGGAUCUUGUAUGUCAUGUUAUCAUCUUUGGAAGCCUAUUGUCAUUUUGAAAGUUUUUAAAGUGUUAAAAGCAGGUUUUCUUUUGUCAUGUCUGUCUGCUUAUCGAAUUAUUGUUGGUUUUGAUUUUAAAGUAUGAAUUUUAAAAGCUAUUUGGCUUAGGUAGUGUUAUAGCAGGCACGGAUUUGACACUUAAAUAUUUUUGCACCCAUUGAGAAGUUGUGCUGAAAGCUUGGGAUUUGUUUGAUAUCUGUAGAACAGACGAAAAAGGAGUUAUUGGGAAAUUGAUAGUGUAUCUGUCAGUUUGGUUAUAGAAGAGCAUGGACGAAGGGAAUGGUAUUGUAGCUGUUUUUCUGUGUGCACCGACAACAAUUUUGAGAUAUAUAAGACAUUGCGUUAUGAAAAAGUGUUAAGUACUGCAGACUGGGAAAAUGAGGAAGCAGUUGAGAAGACUGGGAAUGAAUGAAGAAACAGUUGAGAAGUCUGGGAAUGAAUGAAGAAGCUGUUGAGAAGACUGGGAAUGAAUGAAGAAACAGUUGAGAAGCUUAGAAAUUUUAGGAGAAGCAGUUAAGAAGAAUCGAAGGGAUGAAAUGGAAAAGACGAAUAUUAAAGAGAUAAAAAGAAGAGGGUGGAAAAAAGCCAUGAAAUGGAUGAUAAAAGAACGUAAAGAAUCAAAAAGAGAAAGCAAAAUGUCAUUGAAGAUACAGGAAAAAUACGAAAGAAAAAUUAAUGCUGGACAAUUAAUUUUAAAGCAAGGCAAAUAUUUUUGAAAUAUUUUAAUGUAAAUAAGUUCCUUGAAUGAUAAUGAACACUUUUCCUUUAAGCUGGUUCUUAGAAAUAUAUUGUUGCAAAUUAUUUA